UAUGUGUCCGCUGCAGGGGCUGAUGGGAGGUUUGAGGACCUGUUAGAAACCACGUGGCCCUCGUCUGAUCUCACAGCUCGUCCUUGUUUGGCCUCAGCUGCAUCAGAGCGCCACUUCUCCCCAGGUUCACCAGAGGAAACACCACUUCACAAAAUGCUUUUCCUCCCAGCUGCUGCUCUGUGCUGUCUGUGUUCAGCGCUGGUUGCCAUGGCAGCACAGCUGAUUCAGGAGGAUUUAACGUUGACCAGGAGAGCUGGUAAAAAAGUCUCCUUCAGCUGUCGAGGAACUGAGGAGUGUUACAGUAGUUAUUCUGUAUACUGGUACCAGAAGAAAGACACAGAAACAUUCACAAGGAUUCUUAAUAUUCGCAUGAGUGAUGGUAGAGUAGAUAAAAAUUAUUACAAUCAUCCUCAGAAAGAGGAUUUCUCAGCUGCAAAGAAACAGAACAACUAUGAGUUGCAGAUCCAGACAGUUCAACUCUCACAUUCAGCCACCUACUACUGCUCCUGUUGGAAAUCUGGCUCCCACAACUGGGUCCUCGUCUUUGGCUCUGGGACUAAACUGUUUGUAGAUGAGCAGGUAGUGAAGCCGGUGGUGAGCGUGUAUCCAGCAGCAUCCAGAGCCCACCUGGAGGGGAAGAGCUCCCUGCUGUGUCUGGCCUCAGCCAUGUCUCCUCCUCUGGUCCGGUUCUCCUGGAAAAGACAGAAGAAGAACGGCCCACUGGAGGAGCUGACCUCUGCUGAGGGAGAGCAGCUGGAGCUCAGAGAGCCGGGACGCAGCGCCUCCAUCCUGCUGCUUCAUCAGCAAGAGAACAGCACAUAUAAAUACUACUGCGACGUCAAGCACGAGGGGGGCAAAGUGGAGGCCCAAACAGAACAAGAGGUUUUUGUUCCACCUCCACCAGCUCCGGCAGCUAUACCAGAUUUUGUCCCGUCUCAGUACCAGGUGCUGCUGCUCUGUGUGCUGUACACAGUGCUGAUAGUGAAAAGUCUGGUGUACUGCUGUGGACUCUCUCUGCUGAUGAUCCUCAGAAACAAGGGACCGUCCACUAACUGCACACAUGCUGACUGACUAACUGUCCUCCAGCUUUAACUUCUCACUGACAACUGUUAAAUCCUGAAGAUAAAGUCGACAACUGAUCCUGAGGAAUGUGAGGAUCUCAUUAGCUUUUUAUU